UUAAUUUCUUUAGCUUUCUUAUAAAAUGUCUUUUUUAAGCUCCAUAAAUUUUUUGAUUUUUGUAAUCCACUGCUUACUAUAUAUUACUGCAAGCAUAAGGGCUGACGAAAAUUGUGAAACAUUCCCAACUGAAAUACACGUAACUAAAGAGGAAUACGAUGAAAUAGGCUCACUAAUCAGAUCAUGUAGUGGUGAAGUCACUGUAAACAAAUGUGAAGGUGUUUGCAGGAGUCAGAUUCAACCAUCUGUCGUAACUGCUACAGGUUUUCUAAAGGAAUGUUUUUGCUGUAGAGAGAAUUAUCUUCGGGAGCGAAUCGUUACUCUAACCCACUGUUAUGACCCUGACGGCCUUAGAUUGGAAGAUGAAGAUCGCGCCACAAUGGAAGUCCGUUUACGGGAGCCAGAUGAAUGCAAGUGUCACAAGUGCGGAGACUACAGCCGAUAAGAAUUAAAAAUAGAGAGAAAAAAUUCUUAUCUUAACCCUGGGAAAUGAUCUUUGAAUAGUUAUAAAAGAUAUGAUGUUUACAUAAGAUAGAUUAAGUACUCAUUUAUUUGUAACCUUGAAAUUGGUCUAGGUCUAAAGAAAUAUUG